GGGCGGGGGGCGGAAGUGCGGGCAAGUGGGAGAGCGUGGGUUGGAUCCGUGAUCGGGGUCGGGCCGGGGUCGAGCCGAGAUCGGGGUCGAGAUCCAAAUCCGGAUCCGUGCGGCCGCCAUGAAGCGGGAUGUGCGCAUCUUGCUCCUGGGAGAGGCCCAGGUGGGAAAGACGUCGCUGAUCCUGUCUCUCGUGGGCGAAGAGUUCCCCGCGGAGGUCCCUCCGCGAGCAGAAGAGAUCACCAUCCCCGCAGACGUCACCCCGGAGAAGGUGCCCACCCACAUCGUGGAUUACUCAGAAGCCGAGCAGACGGCGGAGGAGCUUCAGGAAGAGAUUGACAAGGCAAACGUGGUGUGUGUGGUGUAUGACGUGUCUGAGGAGGCUACCAUCGAGAAGAUCCGCACCAAAUGGAUCCCACUGGUGAACGGGGGUACCGAGAGGGGCCCCAGAGUCCCCAUCAUCCUGGUGGGCAACAAGUCAGACCUGCGGGCGGGCAGCUCGAUGGAGGCCGUGCUGCCCAUCAUGAGCCAGUUCCCUGAGAUCGAGACCUGCGUGGAGUGCUCUGCCAAGAACCUGAGAAACAUCUCGGAGCUGUUCUACUACGCGCAGAAGGCUGUGCUGCACCCCACGGCCCCGCUCUAUGACCCUGAGGCCAAGCAGCUGAGGCCCGCGUGUGUCCAGGCCCUCACGCGCAUCUUCAGGCUCUCAGACCAGGACCUAGAUCAGGCGCUCAGUGACGAGGAACUCAACGCGUUCCAGAAAUCGUGCUUCGGGCACCCCCUGGCCCCCCAGGCCCUGGAGGACGUGAAGACGGUGGUGUGCAAGAACGUGGCGGGAGGUGUGCGGGAGGACCGGCUGACCCUGGACGGCUUCCUUUUUCUGAACACGCUGUUCAUCCAGCGUGGCCGCCACGAGACCACGUGGGCCAUUCUGCGGCGCUUUGGCUACGGCGACACACUGGAGCUGACCCUGGACUACCUUGCUCCGCCGCUCUACGUGCCCCCCGGCUGCAGCACCGAGCUCAACCACUUCGGCUACCAGUUCGUGCAGAGGGUGUUUGAGAAGCACGAUCAGGACCACGAUGGCAGCCUCUCGCCUGUGGAGCUGGACAGCUUCUUCAGCGUGUUUCCAGCUGCGCCCUGGGGCUCCCAGCUGCCUCUUGAGGUCCCCACCGAGGCGGGCCGGCUGCCCCUGCACGGGUACCUCUGCCAGUGGACCCUGGUGACCUACUUGGAUGUCCGGCGCUGCCUUGAGCACCUCGGUUACUUGGGUUACCCCACUCUCUGCGAGCGGGACUCCCAGGCCCACGCCAUCACAGUCACGCGUGAGAAGAGGUUGGAUCAGGAGAAGGGGCAGACGCAGAGGAACGUCCUCCUGUGCAAGGUGGUGGGAGCCCGCGGAGUGGGCAAAUCCGCCUUUCUGCAGGCCUUCCUCGGCCGCCGUCUGGGGGAUCGCAGGGAGUUCCCCGAGGAGCCUGCCGUCUACGCCAUCAACACAGUGCAGGUCAACGGGCAGGAGAAGUACCUGAUACUGUGCGAGGUGAGCGCAGACAGCCUGUUGGCCACCGCACCCGAUGCUGCGUGUGACGUGGCCUGCUUGAUGUUCGAUGGCAGCGACCCCGGGUCCUUUGCGUUCUGUGCCAGCGUCUACAAGCGCCACUACAUGGACGGGCAGACCCCCUGCCUCUUCGUCUCUUCCAAGGCUGACCUGCCUGAGGGCAUCUCGCCACCUGGCCUGUCGCCUGCGGAGUUCUGCCGCAGGCACCGGCUGCCCGCCCCUGCUCCGUUCUCCUGUGCCAGCCCGGCCAAGCUCAGCGCCGCUGUCUUCACCCAGCUCGCUGCCAUGGCCACUUUCCCACACCUGGCCCACAGGGAGCUGCACUCUACCUCCUUCUGGCUUCGGGUGACACUGGGGGUCAUUGGGGCCGCUGUCACUGCUGUUCUCAGUUUCUCACUCUACAGGGCCCUGGUGAAGACCCGAUGAGGCCUCAGGGGCCCCCGGGUGUUGGUAUUGGGGCCACGUGCUCGAGGGGACCUAACUUCUGUCUGAACCUGGUUUCUGGGGACACUUUGCCCACUCACCUGCCCGUGCCCAAGACCUGUGGGUGGGUCCCGAGGUUCUGGGGGCACUGGGGAUCAUGAGCGAGGAAGCGUGUGACCCCAGACUCCAGUAGUUCUCAGGGCUCCACACCUUUCUGGUCCCAGGCAGCCAGUGGGCGUGAAGGGUGUCGGAAAACAGAACUUUGGGCCGGAGGCGGGGGGCAGGAAGUGGUUGAGCACCGUGUGGCCUUCCUCCCUGGUUUGGAGACGGGUCCGGUGCCGCACCCCUCUCAGAAGGCAUCAGCUCGGGUGUCCUGAUUAAACUUUGCUGGUGUCUUUUGCAUCUCG